AUGACUACUCUUGAGAAUCAAAUGGUAACAGUAGAAAGAGUUUUAGAAUACACUAAACAAAAGCAGGAAAACAAAGAUGGUUUAGUAAUUGAAAAUUGGCCAAAGGGAUGUGAAAUACGAUUCAAAGACGUGUACCUUUCCUACAAAAACGACCAAGAUCAUAUUUUAAAACAUUUAAACUUCGCCAUCAAAAAUAAAGAAAAGGUAGCCAUUGUUGGCAGAACUGGUUCAGGAAAAACAUCUUUGAUUUCUACACUCGUCCGACUUUAUGAUUUCGAAGGAAACAUUUUUAUUGACAACAUAGACAUCAAAACACUUCCGGUGGAUUUCCUCAGGUCAAAAAUAUCUGUAAUUCCACAGGAACCUACUAUAUUCUCAGGAACGUUACGUGAAAAUAUUGAUCCUACAGGACAACAUUCAGACAAUGACAUUUGGAAAGCUAUCGCAACCGUGAAUUUGUCAUUUUUUCAAAGUUUGGACGAGAAAAUUGACAUGAACUUAAGCGUCUGUCAAAAACAACUCAUUUGUUUGUGUAGAACUAUGGUUCGGCGUAACAAAAUCGUAAUUUUAGACGAAAGUAAUGCCAGUGUAGAUUCCGAUACUGAAGCAUUGAUUCAAAAAAUAAUAACGGAAAAUUUUGGCGAAUGUACCGUCAUUUCAAUUAUGCACAAAUUGCGUUACGUUUUAGAUUUUGACUUAGUAUUGGUUGUAGAUAAAGAGUGUCCAUAA